AGGGGGAAAAAAGUAAGUGCGUAAAAAAGUCCUUGCCUGGGUGACGGAUGCUCAAAAGUUCAGAAGUUUUCCCAAUGCUUCCUUAAGCGGCCCGCGCGCGCGCUCGAGAGAAGGAGAGAGAGAGAGAGAAAGAGAAAGAGAGGGAGAGAAAGAGGGAGAGGGAGAAGAGACCGGGGGAAAAAAGUUGACGCUGGGACAUCGAGAAGGUGGAUUUUUCUCUCCUCCCCCUCCCCCAGCGCCAAGCCAUCCCCUUGGUUAUUUUUCCUCCCUUGCAGGCCACUUGUUGCAGAUUCCCGUGAAAGGCGCUGGGAGUGUGACAGACGCUUUGGCGAGAAGUGGUGCUUUCCUUUUUCUACUUCUGUUUUUUUUUUUUUUAAUUUUUUUUUUCCAUUUGCCCUGGGAAGCUGCUUCACGAGUUUGUCCUGGGCCGUUUUCUUCUUCCUUGUCUGGACUCGCUCUUUUUUCAUCACCACCCCCUGCACCGUCCCCUCGUCUCCUGUGUCCCCGCCACGCCUGCCUCGUCCCAGGCGAAGAAGAGAAGAGGCUCUACUCAAGGAGAAGGGUGUUUGUGGCCGAAGGAGGCGAAAGGGGGCGGGUGGGCCUGGGGUAGUGUGGUGCCGAAAAGAUUGGAGAGGAGAGUGCCAAAGGGAAGGAGUGAGUCCAAGAGUGAAGGACUGAGACACACGGGUCGAGUGAAAGCACUCGAGCCCAAGGACUUGGACUUGGCGGCUCCGCUCGGCUCAGCUCGAUUCGGCUCGGCCGGAGGGCCGGAGGAAGGGUGGGGGGGAGGCGGGCGAAGGGGGGGCGGGGGGCGAACGGCGAGCGAAGCAGCACCGGGCUGAGGCCAUGCAGGCGCGCUACUCCGUGUCCAGCCCCAACUCCCUGGGAGUGGUGCCUUAUCUCGGCGGGGAGCAGAGCUACUACCGGGCGGCCGCGGCCGCUGCCGGGGGCGGCUACACAGCCAUGCCGGCCCCCAUGAGUAUGUAUUCCCAUCCGGCCCACGAGCAGUAUCCCGGCAGCAUGGCCCGCGCCUAUGGGCCUUACACCCCGCAGCCUCAACCCAAGGACAUGGUGAAACCCCCUUACAGCUAUAUCGCUCUCAUUACCAUGGCCAUACAGAACGCCCCAGACAAAAAGAUUACUCUGAACGGCAUCUAUCAGUUCAUUAUGGACCGCUUCCCUUUCUACCGGGACAAUAAGCAGGGCUGGCAGAACAGCAUCCGGCACAACCUCUCGCUCAACGAGUGCUUCGUCAAGGUGCCCCGGGACGACAAGAAACCCGGCAAAGGCAGCUACUGGACCCUCGACCCGGACUCUUACAACAUGUUCGAGAACGGCAGUUUUCUUCGGCGGCGGCGGCGCUUUAAGAAGAAAGAUGCGGUCAAAGACAAGGAGGAGAAGGACCGUCUACACCUCAAGGAGCAAUCCCAGCAGCAAUCCCACCACCAGCCCCCUCCCCGGCAGCAGCAGCAGCAGCAGCAACAACAACAACAGCAGCAAUCAGAGCAAGCCGAAAGCGGCUCGGCAGGGGGCUCGGGCAGUGGAAGUUCACAGCAGCAGCAGCAGCAGCCGGUGAGAAUUCAGGAUAUUAAGACAGAGAAUGGUACGUGCUCCUCACCACCUCAGCCACUAUCUCCAGCCGCGGCUGCUCUCGGUGGCAACAGCAGUGCUGCGGUCCCUAAAAUCGAGAGCCCCGAUAGUAGCAGCAGCAGCCUGUCCAGCGGCAGCAGCCCCCACGGCAGUAUCCCUUCGAACAGGUCCCUGAGCUUAGACGCGGGAGAGCACACACCGCAGCCGCAGUCGCAGCCGCCGCAUACGCAGCAGCAGCAACAUAGCCAAGGCUUCAGCGUGGACAACAUCAUGACCUCGUUGCGGGGCUCGCCGCAGGGCUCGUCCUCGGAGCUUAGUUCCAGUCUUCUGGCCUCCUCCGCUGCCACUUCAUCUAGGACGGGCAUUCCUCCCUCCCUCUCACUCAGCGGCUUCUCCCCAGGACAGAGUUCCAUCUACAGCUCCCCAUGCAGCCAAAGCACCAACGCCAGCAGCGCUAGCGGCGGAGGUGGCGGCAGUGCUGGCGGAGGAGGCGGCGGAGGCGGCGGCGGCGGUGGUGGUACUGGGGGAGCCGGGACCUACCACUGCAACAUGCAAGCCAUGAGCCUGUACGCUGCUGGAGAAAGGGCAGGUCACUUACAAGGCGGGCCCGGGAGCACGGGCAACUCAGCAGUGGACGAUCCCUUGCCCGAUUAUUCUCUGCCCCCUGUCACCAGUAGCAGCACGUCUUCCCUGAGUCACGCCGGCCAGGAGCCGAGCCAUCACCCGGCAGCCCACCAAGGGCGCCUGACCUCUUGGUACCUGAAUCAGGCGGCCGGAGACCUGGGCCACUUGGCCAGUGCGGCCGCGGCAGCCGCAGCAGCGGGAUAUCCCGCACAACAGCAGAACUUCCACUCUGUGAGGGAGAUGUUUGAGUCGCAGAGGAUUGGCUUGAACAACUCUCCGGUGAAUGGGAAUAGCAGCUGUCAAAUGGCCUUUCCUUCCAGCCAGUCGCUCUACCGCACGUCAGGGGCUUUUGUCUAUGACUGCAGCAAGUUUUGACCAAAACAAAGCAGCAAAACAGCCCCCUCCCCCGAAAAAAAUUCAGAUCCAAAACCGAAACCAAAAAAAUUAAAAUCCCCAAUUAAAAAACCUAAACUUUUAAACUUCACUUACAAGCCAGCAGAAUGUCUCCCAAAAUAAAGCCUACCAAAAAAAGCACAAAGAAAACUGUAUUUUCUUAAUUAAUUUGAGAGCCAUUUUGCUCUCCCUAAGUAAACCAAACUGUAAAGUAUUUUGUACAGAGACAGCAAAAUCUUGGUUUGUUAAAGGACAGUGUUACUCCAGAUAACACGUAAGUUUCUUCUUGCUUUUCAGAGAUCGUUUUCCUUCCCCUUUAACGUCUUUCCUUCAACCCUCAACCUCCAUCCUUAAGAUAUUAUUUUAUCCUAUGUUUAAAGGGAGGGGAGGGAAUUCCCAUAUACUGCAGUUGCUUUCUCCUCGUCCCCCCAUGGACUUGUUUUAAAAUGUAAAUUGCAAUAUAGUAAUUUAUUUUUAAUGUGUAGUGGGAUGUUGUGGACCAAACGCCAGAAAGUGUUUCCAAAAACUGACGUUAAAUUGCCUGAAACUUUGAAUUGUUUUUUUUUUUUCAUUAUAAAAGGGAAACUGUAUUAAUCUUAUUCUAUCAAUCAUUUUUUUCUUUUUGUUGAACAUAUUCUGAAGGUAUUGCAUUGUUUGUUUAUUAAUAAAUUUACCAUUCAAUUUGAAUGAGACUUUAGAGUCUGGAUAUUUUAAUACAUCUUUAAUUAGUUUAAGGAAAAGAGAUUUAAUGGUAGAAGGCUCGAAUUUCCUAACUCUCUGAGAAGAAAAAAAAUUCCAGUGUCAAACCUCAAAUCCAAAAAAGUGCCCAAUCUCCUGCAAUAUGUUCCGUGCAGUAAAUUUGCUUUAUGACUAGGAAAAAGAAAUACUUUCCUGAGCAGAUAUAACCUGGCAAAUAAACAAACAUGUUUUCUCAGUGAUGAAGUAACACAAUCUGGAAAUAUUAAGUACAUGAAGGAGCAACAAUAUUGCCGUAUGUAUUGGUAUAUGUCUAGAGAGGAAAGGUAUCUGUAGAGACUUCCAGUCAUAUUGAAGUGAAUACAUGACUCAUUUUGUCUAGAAUAUACAAUGGUAAUGUAUAUUACAUAUCCUUGUGGGAAGAAAGUGCUCAAUAGUUCUUUUUUUUUCUAUGAAAUCUAGUCCUAAAUGAGGAAAUUUAUAUAUGGGGAAGGGGGAGGGAGAGGGAGAGGGGAAAAAAGAGGGAGGGAAGGAAGAAAGGAGAGAGAGAGACCUAGAUUUGCAGUCCUUCGUGCCUUAACAUAGAUGAAUUUUUUAAAAUUCCUACUAUUUUAUUGAAAAGGAAUAAUUAAUCUUUUAUGGGAAACUGUUUUAGAAGAUCUGUUUGAAGAACAGUUAAUUAUUGUUAAAACAUGAAAAAACAACAGAAUUUAUAAAUGUGUAGAUUAAGGACUAAGGCAAAAAAAAAAAAAAA